AUAUCUACAAAAAAGUCCGCGACACACUAUACCUAUCUAUGUCAAGUGAGGCACAACAACCAUUUUUUUAUUUAAAAAUCUUGAUUUUGUUUUUGGACUACAUAUAAACGCAUUUAUUUUACUCGUGCUAUUAAUCCUUGUCAAAAUAAAUUUCAUCACUAAGUACAGUUUAUGUAGAUAAUAUUUGGUCUUUGAAUGAUUAAAAUUGGACGUUUAGUUUUGUAGUUAUGGCGAAAUUAAAAUAUUACGAUUUCUGCUGCACGGCCCGUUACGAAGUGAGCGUCACCAAGGCGGGGGUGAGCGUGCGGGAGGGGAGUUUACAUCUAUGAGUAUGGUACCCGCGCGGCUUAGACGCGUGGUCGGCUCCCUACGUAGCGGUCGUGCGCGAAGUCUAAUAAUUUUCGUGCGAUUGUUUUAGAUUUCGUUCUUAAAACUACACCUACGCAAAAGUUCUUCUCAGAGCUAAUCAACAGUUCUUCUCAGAGCUAAUCAACAGUUCUUCUCAGAGUUAAUCAACAGUUCUUUUCAGGGCUAGACAACAGUUUUUUUUCAGAGCUAGAAUAUUACACGCUAUUAACAUUUUCUUAAACAUUUGAAAAUGCCUAAGAGAGCCAGGUCUCAACUUUCUAAAUAUACUUCUCAAGCACGGGCAGCAAAAAUACGUCGUAUGGGAGAAUCUUCAUCUGAACGUUCACAACGCCUUGCUGAACAAAAUCAGAGAAACUCUCAGGUACGCGCACGAGAGUCGAGUGUCGAACGUUCGCAACGCCUUGCACUACAAAAUCUGAGAACCUCUGAGUUACGUGCACGAGAGUCGAGGCCGGAGCGUUCCCAACGUCUUCAUGAACAAAAUGACUUCAAAUCGUAUUCUGAUGCGGAGUCGAUGAUAUCAGAUAACGAAGAAGUAACAAUUGAAGCCACAAGCUCCGGGGGGCGGCCGUAUAUUACCAUAGAUGGCAGCACCGUCAGCACAGGACGCAAGAGGCCGCGGCCGACUGCGGCUGGAUUGAGUAAAAAAUACAAAGCCACCUCCACACAAGACGACGUUGAUGUGAUGAAAUUGAUGGUGGUAGACGACAUUACGGAACCCUCCAAACCCGUAAAGAGGAGAGUCGACGUCUUGCUCAAAAUGUGUCGUACUAUGUUCAGGGAGAAAGACCACGAGAUAUCCAUCUUGAGAGAGCAAGUCGAGGAGUUGACGAAAAAGAAUGUCCGACUAAGAAACGCCCUGAUCGAUAUGAAGAAAACCGCCACUAUUGAAGACACGGAAAUCCCAGAAGAAACACCCACAAGUGGGAAGAAAAGUAAAGAUGUUAAAAAGGCGAAAGUUAAACAGUGUAAACACAAAGGAGACGAAGUUAAAGUCGCAACUGUUGGAACAAUACCCGAGCCGACAAGAGUUAAAAAGGAACCUGUAGAUGUAAAAAUUGAUAAUAAUAUAGAGAUACCGAGAAUAGGUGAUGAAAUUAACACUAGAAGCAAUGUAAUAGAAGAAAUUGGACAAGAAAUGGAUCCGUUAAUAAUAAAAACAGAACCUGUAUACGACAAUGAAAGGCCUGUGGCAGUAACAGAGCUCAAUUAUUGUGACACAGAAGAUGUUGUCGCGUUUAUGGCUGGACCGAUAUCUAUUGAAGAAACAGCGCCCGAUAUAGUCGGUUUAGAGACUCACGAUGUGGUUAUCGGAGAUGGUGAUUCUGAAUCUUUGUGGAGUACAAUCAAACAAGAGGUUGAUUAACAGUUUAAUAAGUGAAAAAUAAUAGUUAAAAUGAUACUCGCCACUUGCGAUAGGUAAUAUAUAGCACAAUAUCUAUAUAUUUUAGUUACGAUAUCUAUAUAUACUGGUACAAUGUUAAUCCAAAGAAUAAUACUUUUGACAUAUUCGUAAAUAGAUAUCCGACUGAUAUAGGUGAUAUCGAAUUGAAAUGAAAAACAUUUUUCUACCAUUCAUGUCUAGUAGAACGCAAUAUAUAGGAUAUCGGAUCGGUAUCCACAGCAUCCAUGCCUACUCUCCACAUUAUCGAUAAUAGAUAUAGUAGCUAUACAUUACCUACCUCUGCUUUGUGAUGUUUAAAUUGACAGUUAUAUUACUAUCCUUACAAUUGGAUUUAGUAUAAUUACAUUCUUUUGUUAUAGUUUUCUUUUUUUUUUUAAGUGAAUAAGCGAUUUAUCUACUCAAAUUGUAACAUUUGGAGAAAAGUUAAUGUUACAGCUGAUGAUCAAUUUAUUACAUUAAUUCCUAUAUUAAUGUUUGUAAUGGUCAAUCGACCAAUGUUACAAUUUGAGUAAAAAGAUCAAUUCAUAACUUACUCAAAUUGUAACAUUUAGAAAAAGAUCAAUAUUACAAUUGGUAGUAUUCUCAACCGACUUCAGAAAGAAGAAGGGUCUUAAUCGUACCUUUUUAUAAGGUUGUUACCUCAUAAUUACGUAAUUUUUUUUUUAUCUGAAAGGAUAUAGUUAAGGAUUGGUGCCAAAAAAAUGUUAGAUUAGUUUUUAAAUCAAAACACACUUGAAUCUUGAAUUUGACACAAUUGAAGUUCGUAUUUUUUUUUUACAAAUUUGUUUAUAAUCGGAAAAUAAUUAUUAAAGAUGUAAAAAUUGCAAAUUGUGCAAAAAAUUGAAUCUAUCUCCUUUUUAUACCUGUAUGUAUAAAGAAAUUUUUUUUUAUUGUUCUUGUAUUUUCGUUUGUAAGAGAAACAAUCGAAUUGUAACAUUUGGAGAAAUGUUACAUUGUAUUGUAAUCUAUGUUACAAAGUUGUUUAAUAACGGAAAAAAAUGUGAAAAACGCUAUUAAAGAUGUUAUGAAAGAUUUACCUAAUUAAAUAUGGAAAAUUUGU